UCUAAUGUUAAAGCUUUCCGUUGUGAAACAAACAAAAUGAUUUCAUUUGUAAAUAAAUAAACAAAGAAACCAGUUGGCAACCGGCUUAGUCCUAAAAAUUAUUAAAUUUAAAAAGAAAUGGAGUCGAAAUCUGAAGUUUUGACGAUUGGCGAGGAUGAGAACCAAAAUCAAAUGGAUAAACAAUCAAUUGCUAAACACAGAAAGGCAUUUUUUACGGAGGAUUUUGAACUGCGAAUGCAGAAAGUUAUUCUUGGUGGUGUUAGGCCUCUAAAUUCCCAACUGGACGAAGGAGCAAUUGAAAGGUUUUCGGCUAACGAGGUGAAAAAGAAUGGCCAAUUCUACUACGAGUUUGGACCAGAAGCUAAAAUCAAAGGCUGGAUAAUAAAUGUGAUUACUUUUGAGCCUAAGGGGUUUCUUAAACGAUUGAAGAAUAAAAUCGGAAAAGAACACUGGGUCAAUGAAAAUGUUGUUAAAUUUAGUAAAGAUUCGAGAAAUUUUAUUGUAAGUUCGGUAUCUCAGGCUGCAGAUGAAGAAACGUUGGAACUUUAUCAGUAUUUAUGUUAUCUGAACAAUACAUAGU